AUGUUCCACGCGGCCAAAGACCUCCCGCGGCCAUCUUUAAGCCAGGACACACCAUAUACCCGCGACUCGGGCUUGGAUUCGGAACCCGAUGCAACCACAAACAGGCAGAAACCCCUCACAAAGGUGGACCUCCGCAGCAUGCUACAAGAGGCUACAGCCGACAUCAAGGCCCACACAGCGGCAGAAUUAGAGCGGCACAUCUCGGGCAUCAAAGAAGAUUUGGAGGCCCUCAACACCCGCACCACGCAGGCAGAAACGGACAUUACACAUCUUCAAACAGCCUACUCCCAACACGGACAAGACAUAUACUACUUAAGCGACAAAAUUCAAUACCUGGAGGAUAGUUUAGAAGACCUCAAUAACCGCUCCCGCAGAAAUAAUAUCAGGAUAAGGUGCCUGCCGGAAGCAAUAGAGGCCGACGCCAUCUUGCCCACGCUCCGCGACCUCUUCCACGCCAUACUCCCUGACUCCACAGAAUGGGAGCGCGAAAUAGAUCGGGCCCACAGGGCGCUGCGGCCUCUGGCACUCAACCCCACCUCACCCAGGGACAUCAUAGUCCGUAUGUCACACUUUGCCACAAAGGAAAAGAUAAUGGCCGCCACCAGGGCCUCACUGCCAAAACUUGGGGCCUAUACAUUGGCCUUUUUCCAAGACUUGGCGCCGUCCACCCUUAAAAAAAGGAGAGACCUCAAGCCCCUAACAAUGGCUCUCACCAAAAAAGGAAUCAAAUAUAGAUGGGGCCACCCCUUUAAGCUGCAGGUGCGAUUCGGAGACCAAGACCGCGUCCUGCAUCACCCCGCGGAAAUGGAGGACUUCGCCGCAGCACUAGGCCUCCAACUCCUCACCGGGACGUCGACAGCUGACCGGAGCAACACUGCACCGAAAGAAACCCUCAACGCAGCACAACCACCCAGGAACCCAGCCAAGAAGCGGCCCCUUCCACAGGCAGAAGCAGCCACUCCACGAUGA